AUUCUUCACUAGUCAACUAAUAUUUAGUGCCAUCAAAGUUCAAUUUGAAUUCCAAAGAAUAUAAUAUUUAAAUCAAGAAGGAUUAUUAUCUACGAGCUUGAAACGUUGUAACUAUAUAAAAUCUAAGUCAGUACCAUAAUCUAAAAUGGCUGUAAUCGCUUUAAGUACAAUUGGAACUGCUAUAAAAGCUGGAGUAGCGCUAAUAGGAGUUGGAAAGAUAGCAGUAUUGCCAUUUCUCAUAGCCGCCGUAACGUAUUUUCAUUAUGACCAAUUCGAUCCCGAAAACAGAAAUGUCGAUAGAAAAAUUUUAGAUGCUUCCUACGAUUUUAUAAUAAUUGGGGCUGGUUCAGCAGGAUCCGUUCUGGCUAAUCGUUUGACAGAAAUAAGCGGAUGGAAGGUUCUGCUUAUGGAAGCUGGUGGACAAGAAACCGAUAUUUCAGACGUACCAAUACUCAGUUUAUAUUUACACAAGAGUAAAUUAGAUUGGGGAUACAAGACAGAAGCACAAGAUACAGCUUGCCAAGCUAUGAUCGAAAACAGAUGUAGCUGGACACGAGGUAAAGUACUAGGCGGAUCAAGUGUUUUAAACACUAUGCUAUACGUAAGAGGAAAUAGAAGAGAUUUCGAUAGAUGGUCAGCUCACGGUAACUACGGUUGGUCGUACGAGGAAAUCUUGCCUUAUUUCAAGAAAAGUCAAGAUCAAAGGAAUCCUUAUUUAGCUAGAAACAAAAGACAUCAUUCAGUGGGAGGUUAUUUAACAGUUCAAGAUAACCCCUACAACACACCAUUAGGGGUGGCUUUUCUCGAAGCGGGUCAAGAAAUGGGCUACGACAUUCGUGAUAUAAACGGCGACAAACAAACCGGUUUUGCUUUGUACCAAUUCACCAUGCGACGAGCUUCUCGUUGUAGUACAGCCAAAGCUUUCCUCAGACCGAUAAGACUUAGAAGAAACCUGCAUAUUUCCAUGUACAGUCACGUUACUAAAAUUUUAAUCGACCCCGAUACACGACGAGCUUACGGGGUUGAAUAUAUAAAAAACGGACAAAAACAAACCGUAUUGGCCAAAAAAGAAGUAAUUGUUUCGGGAGGUGCUAUUAAUUCUCCGCAGUUGUUGAUGUUGAGCGGGAUCGGUCCUGCAAAACAUCUACAGGAUAAGGGAAUAAGAGUAAUACAUGAUUCACCGGGAGUGGGACAAAAUCUACAAGAUCAUAUAGCGUCGGUGGUAACAUUUUUGAUAGACCAUCCCAUAAGUUUAGUUAUAAAUAGAUUAGUCAAUCUAAAUACCGCUGCUAGGUAUGCUAUUAAAGAAGAUGGACCCCUCACAUCUUCUAUAGGUUUGGAAACUGUAGGGUUUAUUCCAACGAAAUAUGCUAAUAAAUCCGACGAUUGGCCAGAUAUGGAAUUCAUGUUGACUAGCACGACAACCGCUGCAGAUGGUGGUACUCAAGUUAAGAAAGCGCAUGGAUUGACGGAUGAAUUCUAUAAAGCCGUUUAUGAGGAAAUUAAUUAUAAAGAUACCUUCGGUAUUUUCGCUAUGAUGCUUAGACCGAAAAGUAGGGGUGAGAUCAAAUUAAGAUCCAAAAAUCCUUUGGAUUAUCCUCUGUUAUAUCACAAUUAUCUCACACAUCCUCACGAUGUUAACGUCUUAAGAGAAGGAACUAAAGCAGCUGUAGCUUUCGGACAAACGGAAGCAAUGAAAAGAUUUGGAUCCAGGUUUUUGACUAAUCCACCUCCCAAAUGCAAACAUUUACCAAUAUAUACUGAUGAAUAUUGGGAGUGCUAUAUAAGACAAUACACAUUGUCUAUUUAUCACUAUUCUUGUACGGCGAAAAUGGGGCCGCCAAGUGAUCCUUACGCUGUUGUGGAUCCUGAAUUGAAAGUGUACGGGGUUUCUGGUUUGAGAGUAAUAGACGCUUCCAUAAUGCCGUUUAUCACUAACGGUAACAUCAAUGCUCCAGUUAUAAUGAUUGGUGAAAAAGGCGCCGAUAUGAUCAAAUCCUACUGGUUACAACCCACUACCAAGAGGAGAAAAAGAGAUUUUGAAGUUGUUUAUAACGCUAAAUUGAAUUAUGUCUACCAUAAUGAUAGUAGUAAUGUCACAUGAUGUCAAUGAAUAAAAAUGGAAAGUCGGAUUGUGUAUAAAACUAAAUAAUUUGUUAAUGUUUAUUAAAUUAUACUUAUGAG